GUUUGCUCUGCCUACCUUGGUUCCCUUUCCAUAAAUUUCACCAAAGAGCUUCUUCUCGCACGGUUGCUUGAUUCAUGGCAACUUCUCCGCCGACGACGUCUACAAAAGUCUAUCCAAUUCCCUGUUAGAGAGCUCCCACUGCAAGCUCUGGUUUCCGGUUUCAGUCAAUUACCGCCGGCUUUCGACCGGCGUGGUGCCACUCGCAUCAUCCAGUCCAUACGAGGAGACCACGCCAUCGAGGUAACGGGCAGAAUAUUUGAUUUUCCAAACAGACAGUAAACACUCUCAAAAUGUCGAUAUCCUCGAGCUCUGUCGACAAGCAAUGGGCGAAGAAGUACAUUCUUGACCCAUUGACUGCUCCUGAACCCAGUCAGGAGUGCGGACCAGGAAGCUCUUUUAUUAGCCCUACAGGGCACUCCCUAUCCGUUAAAACACCAAAGGGCGAUAAGAAGCGCAAGAAGGAUAUAGCCUCGGCGUACCCAUCGCCCCCAGCUUCGUCAAGUCCCACUCGCUCAGCUUUUCGAUCUUCGCAAAGCCCUACUUCUGGAAAUAAUUCUCGUUCCUCGCCAGUGCCAGCCGACAACCUAGAUCUUGGUAACAGCAGAAGACCAGGCUUUGGCAGGAGCAGCAGCUCCAACUACGUUGCGAGGCCUAGGGACUAUCCGCCCAGUGCAAGUAUUGGUCGCAGUCAGUCUCAGACUGUCCGUCGCCCGCCUCAGAGUCACCAGAACCAUCAGGGGGCCUCUCACUCUCGCAGCACAAGCAGCAACUUCGACAAAGGCAAAGGCCUCAGCCGUUCAAAUUCGCUCAGUCAGCGUUAUCCCGGAGACAUGUCCCACCGCCCUCUAGACAUCAUCAAACGGGAUGUGCGCGCCGCAGACCGCGCCCCUCAUCUGCGCAAGUCGGGCAUGCCACGCACAGACAUCAUCGACAGCUUGGACACCAUUGGCGGUACCUACCAUCAUGGCGGGCCAUUUGAUGCGACGUUAGCUGCCAGGAACACUAACAAAAUGUACGCACCUGUCGAAGCUCUCAAGGACUCAAAUAUGGAAGCGAUCCGGGCUACGCCCCGCGAGUUCUUGCAAGACUCACUACAGAGACAUGUCCCGCUGCAAGGCACAUCUCAAGUGCCUCCUGGCGCUACUGACUUUUCUGGGAACGUUAUGGAUUAUGAGGAAGGAGCCGAUCUCAUGCGCGAGCGGGAUGCAGCCGGUGGCGCUUAUAAGAGAUGGGAUGGCAUUCCUUAUCACCCUGAUGACUUGAAAGGCAAGGGUGAGCCCUCGUAUACAGUUGAGCGCGACCAUAAAGAGCAGAAGGCUCGUAUGCGCAGAAACACGGACGCCAAUGGCAAUUUCCUUUUGGAGAUGCAGCCGCGCCAGAGCGCCUACAGCAGCGGUACCAGACGCAAGGACCUCGGAGCCCAGGUUAGACAGCGAAGCAUCAGCAGCGCUGCUGACGGAGGUGGGCAGCCAGGAGCAUCCUCAUCAAGGGCCGAAAACCCCUUCAACGACUCGAUGGCCAUCAACACAUCUACCGGUAACGGCCUUCAUCGUAGCAAUACCACCGGCAACCGGCUCAAAGAUGGACUCAAGCGACGUUUCGGCAGUUUGAGGCGCAAGAAGAACACAACAGAUGAUGAUUACUAUUAAAACUCUGUGAUUCAUCGCGAACCUGUAUGAGCCCAGGAGACUUUUGGUUUAUAUUCAGCGCGGUGGUUUCUUCACUACGAUUGAUAUACAUUGUUUUUUUGGAAUUGUACAUUGCUGAGUUCAAAUAACAAUAGACGGGUGCCAGGCCUAGCAGGAGAUAUAUAGCACAGCUUUCUUUUGUUCCUUUAGUAGUUAGUGAUAAUAAAGCAAGUAAAGCUUCAAUGG